AAUGUUUGUAAGUUCAGUCAUCUGCAGUCAUGUCGACGUUGACUUUUAACUCGCCAUUUAGCCUCAAAAUAACUCAGCUCGGUGCUUCAGGCUACUGGCUCUCAACCUUAAGGCAGGUGAAGAAUUUCCCAAGUCUCUCGACAUAUUCUGUAGCUCAACCAAAGCUCAACAUUCAGUUGAAGGACGGAGAUUGAGAAUUACACAUUGCACCUAGGCUUAUAGUGCGUUCACGCUUGAGUGUACUGGUAUCUAGGUUACUCAAGUGACUUUAUUUCCUACAACGCUAUCUCACCUUAGCUCGCGUGACGUACGAAGGCAAUGGCACCUAUCAAACUAGCCAUCAUCGGUGCAGGACCUUCGUCAUUCUAUGUUGCCUCCCGUCUAUUGGCUUCACUACCUCCUUCAAGUCCAUAUCACUCAGCCUUGCGAAUACACAUGUAUGACCGACUUUGGGCCCCGCAUGGGCUAGUACGAUAUGGCGUUGCGCCAGAUCACCCUGAGGUGAAAAAUUGUGUACACAAGUUCGACGCUGCAGCAACUGAUCCGCGGUUACGUUUCUUUGGAAACGUGAAUGUUGUCGCUUCACCGCCGGUUGUGCCUCUUCCACAAUCUACCGAGCUACCGCUGAGUACACUUUUCUCAAACUACACACAUUUGCUCCUAUCUUCGGGAUGUAGUCUUCCAUUGCUCCAUCCUGCCCUCCCACCUUCCGACCACUGUGUGCCUGCGCUUUCACUAGUGCAUUGGUACACACGACAUCCAUCUGUCGCACACAAGCCUCCUCCACCACUCGAAAAACUAGAACACAUAAGUAUCAUCGGCCAAGGAAAUGUCUCUUUAGAUGUCGCUCGAAUGUUGCUUACCCCGCCAUCCACAUUGGAAAAGUACGAUAUCCCUGAGCCAGUGCUAGACGUUCUUAGACGUUCUGCUGUGAAGCAUGUAUCGAUUAUUGGUCGACGCGGACCUCUCGAAGCAGCGUUCACUACCAAGGAACUGAGAGAGAUGAUGAACCUGGAAGACGCUUCUAUGGAACCCAUCGACCCUAGCCUUCUUGUUGUCCCAGAAGGUGCCAAAUUGACUAGACAGCAGAGUCGCACAAUGCAACUCCUUCAGAAAGGAUCCCGCAAUAAACCAGGAACGACUCCCAAAUCCUGGUCACUGGAUUUCUUCCGUUCACCCACCGGCCUGGCACCUCCCAACUCUGCCUCUAGUUCAUUGACACGCCCAUAUACCUUGUCACUGGCUCAUAACACGCUUUCUGCUGAUAAGAAGGCAAUUCCUACAGGCGAAACGUCAACUUUGCGGACAUCCAUGGUUGUUACGUCUCUUGGACACCAGGCCGAGCCGUCGAUACCUUGGUAUGAUCCAGAUUUGCGACAUGUCCGGACCGUGGGCGGUCGCGUUGUGGAUGAGACUGGACGGACUGUGAAGGGCGUGUACGCAAGCGGCUGGGCGGCCAUGGGCGCGAGAGGUGUACUUGCGAGCACUAUGAUUGAUGCGUAUGCUGUCGCAGAUACUAUACUUGCUGAUUCGUUCCCAGAUCAGAUUCGGAGAGAAAAUGAUGCUUUGGCCUCUGCAGCAGGGGACGGGUCGCUGGGCGAGCUUUCGGAGGUUCUGGCCAAUAAAGUUGACCUGGAAGGUAUCCCGGAGGAAGUGAACAAGGCUAUGGCGUCUGGUGAUGUAACUGAUUAUCGUGACUGGAAGAUGAUUGACGAGGAGGAGAUUAGGAGAGGUGAGAAACUGGGGAAAGAGCGGGAACGAAUGGACUGGGAGGAAGCUAGGGCGUUCUUGGAGCAUGCUCGAAUGUCAUGACCAUAUUCUACUCUGUUCGCCUAUUACAGCCACAUUCAGAACGAUAGGCCCCAGCAAAAAAAUCAGGCUCAGGAUCGGCUAACGCAACGGUGAUGAUGAGGGCUAGCGAACCUAUGCCGGGGGAGGAAUGCAGUGCUGGUCAGUCAUGCCGCCCUCUUCCGCCUCUGGGCUCUUCAUUAGCGAGACAACACCGACGGUACCGACCCUUACCGACCCGAAUGUAAUUUCUGAGGAGGGGCCUAUCGUUUUGAAUGUGGCUGUAAUGCUCAUAGCGCCCAACUCAGAUUCAAAUUUCAUUCAAAGUGCGAGAUCCAAGUUCAGUUGAUAAA